AUGCCGCGUAACCCGCCGAAGGAGCGUGCGCCACUGGUGCCGAAGAAUGCCGUUGCUGCAAAAUCUGCUGACAAGGGGAAGGAGGUGAUGGAAGACAACCAGGGUGAUCCUAUUCCAAGUGGAUCUGGUUUAACGCUGGAAGAGAAGCUAGCUGCGCUUACCUCUGCGUCAGAAGAAGUGGACGAGGAGUUUACUGACGAUGACUCUGACGACGAGCUGGACUUUGACAUUACAAAGGACUUCAUUGCCAACAAACGUUACACAGCCAUUCUGUUGCUGCCGUUCGUCCUGCAACAGGAAAUCGCCUCCGUCAUCGUAACUGCGCAGAUGUUGUUGAAGCGCGUUUGGUCCUCGCUUUUAUCUGACGGUGCUAACACCCAAGUUAACUUUCAGGAGCUUCCACCUGGUUACGUUGCUAAGACGAAGUACAGCCGCCUUCAAGUGUCUUUCCUGAAGGAAGAAGAUGCAACUAAUGUCCGUCAGGCAACAUUGGAUUACCAGCAAGCCAAAGGCACUUCUUUCAGACUUCACUGGCUGCAUACUGAGAAUCUGGCUUUCACUCGGUUAAAGGCAACCAAUCCGCGCUGCAUCGAAGCGGUUUUCAGAGGCAUACCUGCUAAUAUUUCGCCGGAGGGCUUGGAGGAGUUGCUGGUCAAGUAUAAGCUGAAGAUCCGACAGGUCCCGCCGUUCCUGGAAGGUCACUGCUUUCAUCGUGUGCUGCAUCCGGUCUCAGGAGCUGACACGGAUGUGAUAAAGGGAUUGGUGGUGCCUCACCCGGAGGAUAAUAAGAGCUGCAUCUCUCACCGCAUCUCGACUGGUGAAACCGAUCCUGCUAGAGACCUCGUCUAG